CAUUUCCAGACCGUCAGCUCGCACUAGUCGUUCGCGAUCACCAGCGCGUGCUUGACGGUGCGGUGAACACAGGUCCCCGCUGCUUUGGAUCCCUUCAACAACCGCGACCAUAAAAAGGACGGACACUGUCAUCCAGCGAUACCCACCGUAUACCGUCUCUGUCUACCGGAGUAGCCGGGGAGAGGGGGUCCAGUGCCAGCCGCAGCAUGAGCAUGGACCCCCUGGCCAAGCCCUGCCCGUCCCAGGCGGAGCACAACCCCGGGACCUUCAGCGGCCGACUGACCGCGCUGGAAGCGGCCGGGGAGGACAGCGAGUCCGGCUGCGGCGAAGAGGAGGCCAUGGGGGGCAGUGAUACGUUCAAUAGCCUCGUCGAGAUGGAGGUGGAGACGCUGGAGGAGAAAUUAAAGGGUCUGGCUUUUAGGAAACAGAUUUCGUAUAGGAAAGCCAUCUCGCGGUCGGGUCUCCAGCAUUUGGCCCCGGUCCACAAACCCAUGCCCCCCGUCACCAACGGACCUUCCAAGGAGAUGCGCUCGUCCGUCGACUGGACAGAGACUGCUGUGAACGGGGAACAUCUGUGGCUGGAGACCAGUUGUUCUGGAGAGCUGUGCUACCUGGGAGAAGACACCUGUGUCCUGAAGACUGCAAAGUCUGCCCCCAGGAGGAAGUGUGCAGCGUGUAAGAUCGUAGUCCACACCGCCUGCAUCGAGCAGCUCGACAAGAUUAACUUCCGCUGUAAACCAACGUUUAGAGAAGGAGGCUCUCGCUGCCUCAGAGAUAAUAUGUUGAGGCACCACUGGGUGCACCGGCGCCGCCAAGAAGGGAAAUGCAGACAGUGUGGGAAGAGCUUCCAGCAGAAGUUCUUCCACAGUAAAGAGAUUGUGGCCAUCAGCUGCUCCUGGUGCAAACAAGCUUUCCAUAACAAGGUGACGUGUUUCCAGCUACAUCAGAUUGAGGAGCCCUGUUCUCUGGGCGCUCACGCCGGGGUCAUCGUCCCCCCCUCCUGGAUCAUCAAAGUCAGGAAGCCACAGAGCUCGUUCAAAAACUCUACAAGGAGGAAAAAACGCACAUCGUUUAAAAGAAGGACCAGUAAGAAAGGAACUGAUGAGUCAAAGUGGCGUCCGUUCAUGCUGAAGCCCCUUCCCUCCCCUCUGAUGAAACCUAUUCUAGUCUUUGUCAACCCCAAGAGUGGAGGCAACCAGGGUACCAAGGUGUUACAGAUGUUCAUGUGGAUCCUGAACCCUCGCCAGGUGUUUGAUCUCUCCCAGGGAGGGCUCAGAGAGGCGUUGGAGUUAUACAGGAAAGUGCCAAACCUGCGUAUCCUGGCCUGUGGAGGAGACGGGACGGUGGGGUGGAUCCUGUCUGCUCUGGAUGAGUUAGGAAUGACCCCCCAUCCGCCUGUAGCUGUACUUCCUCUGGGGACAGGAAAUGACCUCGCCAGGACCCUCAACUGGGGAGGGGGUUAUACAGACGAGCCGGUUUCCAAGGUACUGUGUCAGGUGGAGGACGGCUCUGUGGUGCAGCUAGACAGAUGGAACCUUCAGGUGGAGAGAAGCCCCGCCCAGCCGGAGGAGGGCACACAGAAGCUCCCACUGAAUGUGUUCAACAACUACUUCAGCCUGGGCUUCGAUGCCCACGUCACACUGGAGUUCCACGAAUCCAGAGAAGCCAACCCUGAGAAAUUCAACAGCCGCUUCCGCAACAAGAUGUUCUAUGCAGGGGCUGCAUUCUCUGAUUUCCUUCAGAGGAGCUCCAGGGAUUUGUCUAAACACGUCAGAGUGGUGUGUGACGGGACGGAUCUCACUCCUAAGAUCCAGGAGCAGAAGUUUCAGUGCAUCGUCUUCUUAAACAUUCCCAGGUACUGUGCAGGCACCAUGCCGUGGGGGAACACAGGAGACCACCGAGACUUUGAGCCUCAGCGCCAUGAUGACGGCUGUAUCGAAGUCAUCGGCUUCACCCUGUCCUCCCUUGCGGCACUGCAGGUAGGAGGUCAUGGUGAGAGGCUGCACCAGUGUAGAGAGGUGACUCUGACCACCUUUAAGACCAUCGCUGUACAGGUGGAUGGAGAGCCGUGUCGCUUGGCCCCCUCAACCCUCCGCAUCUCCCUACGCAACCAGGCCAACAUGGUACAGAAGAGCAAGAGACGCACCUCCGUACCCCUGCUCAAUGACAUUCAGAAGGUGUGUGCCGCGGACCUGCGCCGCCUCUCUGCUCCCCCUGACUCCUUCUCUGUCCCCCAUGCUGUCCCCGAGCGCCUGCGCCUCAGAGUCAACCGCAUCAGUCUGCAGGACUACGACAGACUACAGUUCGACAGGGAACGACUCCGAGACAUCUCGAUCGCUGUGGGGAUUGUGGUGGUGAGAGGCGACUGUGACCUGGAGACCUGCAGACUCUACAUAGACAGGCUACAGGAGGAUCUUCAUCAGGCUCCAUCUGCUGGCCACCGAGUGCAUUACCAGGAUGAGUGUCGAGGUCUACCGCGACCUGGCUCCGCCCACAGACUGUCCCCCAACUGGAGCUUCCUGGACUCUACGUCUGCAGACCGUUUCUACCGUAUAGACAAGGCCCAGGAGCACCUGCACUAUGUGACAGAAAUCUGCCAGGAAGAGGUGUUUAUCCUGGACCACGAUGGACUAGCGGGGGGACCGGCCACAGGCAUGCCUGACCUGGUGGUGGAGCCUAACUCUGGGAGCCCUCUGACGUCUGAGGAACAAGCAAUGCUGAUGGCUGCCUCCUCUGGGGACCUGACUACGUUGUCGGGCAGCUUCUUUCGCGGGACCAGCCUCCUGGUGAGGGAUUUUACUGGUUGUAGUGCACUACACCUGGCCUCUCAGCACGGACACACUGAAGUGGUCCGCUUCAUACUGGAGCACGGGUCAAAGGUGCUCCUGGAUUUAACCAACAGAGAAACAGGAGACACUGCCUUGCACAAAGCGGCCUCUCAGAAGCAUCACGCCGUGUGUCGUCUUCUCAUGGACUCCGGAGCUUCCCUCAUCAAGACCAACUUCAAGGGCAAGACACCAGUGGAGCAAGCUCGUAACGCGGGGGACCAAGAGCUGGCCUCCUACCUGACCAGCAAACAGCUCCCUACCACUGUCUCCCACGAAGAUCUGGAGACUGCUGUAUGAGAGAGAGAGAGAGAGAGGGAG